AUGGGCUUGUUCAGCUUUCUUUCGAAACGACCUGCCAACAAGGCACGAUCGGGCGUAUCCUCGGCAGCCUCACAGCGCUAUGAGCCGAGCAUCUCGGGCUCUGUAGCGACGACACAAGGUGGACGUUCCGUGAUUGGGAACGAGACGCAAGUCAACGAUAAGGUGUUCAGGGGCACAGGAUUCAGUCAGUCAGCUCUAUCCCUUGACAGCUCCGACGAAGACCAAGACGAAGAACCGGCGCCGACGCCCCGAGUACCCCGAUUCCGAGAUGAGAGCGUAGAAAGGCCGAGCACGGCCCCGAGUAGCCGUCCGUCCAGCGCGGCUGGGGGAAAAACUGCUAGUCCACAGACUAAGAAGAAUGGGCAAAAGCGGCCGCCUCCGCUUUCGUUCCGGCCCACACGGCCCGCGCCGACGGCACCGAGCGCGCCCGAGUCCCGACCUGGCUCUCGCGGUUCCAUGCGCACGAUCACCAACGCACUCCGUCGGCCUGCUGGACACGGCCGCAGCGAGUCUCUCCGAGUAGACUCCACCGCCAAGACGUUCAAGGACCUGCUCGAUGCACAGUCGGAGAUCAAGCCGGCCGAUUUCCAUGCUAGGGUGAAGGCGGCGGGGGCGAGAGACUAUGGCGAGGACGUGGCCGAGCGGAAUAUGGGCGCCAACGGGUCGUUUAACUUUGACUUGCCACAUGGUCAGGGGUACUCUUCCCAGCCGCAAACACAGGGAGCGGGAGCGGAGGCUCGCGCGGCAGGGCCGGCGGCGGCUAAGAAACUGGAUCCGUAUAAGGCGGGUGUGCGGAGGAAGUCGCCCCCUGCUACCCAGCAAACGUUCAUGCGGCCGGUGGAUCUGGAGAGCGCAACACCGUUGGGGCCCGGGGCGACCCGGAAGCAGGAUCCGGCACGGCGCCGGUCGGUCAGCACUUACCUGCCUCCUGGACUGGGCAAGAUGAAGUUUUUGCCUUUUGACCGGUCGGAGGAGGAGGAAGAGACUAAGGAGACCAAAGACCUCUCACCGCGCACGCCAGGGUUGGAUAUCAACAAGUUGGACACCGGCGUUGCUGCGCUGGGGCAGAGCCGGCCGGUGAUCCCUCGGAUGCCCCGCGUGCCUCGGAUUCCCGAAUCGGCCCCGGCUCCGGCGAUCCGCAAGGCGUGGCGACCGCGCGACUCGGUCGAGCUCGCAAAAAAGAGGAGCGAGACGCCGGUGCUGGAGGAGCACAGCGAGAACGAGUCGUCGUCGUCGCCGGCUACUGACUUUGCCGUGUGGUCGGCCACGCGAUCCCGGAGGACGUCGGCUAUGUUCCAAGCGAGCAUGGCGCCGAAACGGCACCAGAGUCUGCAGGCUUUGCGGGCGCCCGUGUCGUCGGUAUCCGCGUUGGCGUCGGCGUCAACGUCGGCGGUCGUCACGCAGGAUGCGGUGAUGCAGGCGACUCCGCUGAUGCACCCACCUAUCAUCCCGCGCAAUCAUGGUCACAGGGAAAUCCGGGACGGUCCGAUUUAUGAGGUACGGAGUGUCGAAGAAGCGGCGUCUAUCAAAUCCAUCAAGUCCAUCACCGGUUCACCGGGCCGUUCCGCUCGCGCGACCUCUCCCACCCCCAGUUUCCGCCUACUCUCCAUGAAGGAUCUCGCCCACCCCUCCGCCGCAGACAUCACACUCCCCGACGACGACACACUAGACUUCCCCCCGCCCAUCCGCACCCGCAGCACGCGGGGUUACUCGGCGUCCUCGGGUACGCCCACCGCCUGCGGCAGCAGCACCAGCAGCGCGUCGGCGAGCAUCACAGCCAGUACGCUAAACCACACCAUCAGCACCAGCAACCGCCCGCCAUCUCUGCACACGGCAGGCACCUCGGUGGACCUCAGCAUCGGGACCAUCUCCCCCAAGCUCAAACCGGUCGGUGUCGCCCGGUCCCUUGGUAAUCCGCAUGACGACUCGGAGGACGAUUCCGGGUCUCACUACGACGACCGGGAUGGAGUGUCGGUUGAUGAUGACGACAACGACCAUCUCGCGCGUCCAAAAUCGUCAGGCUCUGCAGUCGGAGCGUUCAACAUAGACGACUACCUCUCUUCUGAUGCCGAGUCCAACAGCCACGACAGCGGCCUCAGCACGGCUACGACGACCAACACCACGCCUAACCGCCGGCCGACCGCGGAGGGCGAGGAGGAGUUGCUGUUUGAUGAUUUUGGCUUUGGGAUGAGCGGGAUGCAGUUGCCUGGGUUGGCGGAUUCGUUUCCUUACGACGAUGACCCCCACUCUCCACUCCCGGUCCCCGGAAAUGCCCGACAUCGCAAGGGGUUGUCUGCUGUCGGCGGCUGUGUCGGUGCUGGUGUCGGUGCCAAUGUUGGCGCCGGUACCGUAGAUGACGAAGCAGGGUAUGACGCGGAUUAUGUCGAGGAUGACUCGGAGGGUUUACUCGCGUGUCGGCGGAGGCAGUACCGGCAGCGUUUACUCCAGACUCAAACCUCGACGGCUUCUUCAAACCAGGGGAAGAAGACCACCGCCACCACCACCACCACCUCUAACAAUCAAAUCUCAGCCCUUCGCCAGUUAGAAGGACGGGGUAUUGACCUGGAAGUCCUCGAGAGGGAGUUACAAGCCCUCGGGCUAAGCUUGGCGCAUGUCCAAGCGGCGAGGGGGCAGAUGGAGGACGAAGAAGAGAAGCCGAAGCGCAGUGGGGGAGAAGUGGACGGGGAAGAGUCGGCGCAGCGGAAUGCGGAAGAGAAUAAGGUUGCGGCGGCGGUGAGGUUGAGGAAGGAGAUGAAGCGGGCUAAGAGGCUGGCGGGACAGCCGUCCAAGGGAAUGUUACGAAGGGGGGUUGUCUGA